GCGCGCCUCUCCUUUCCAAAUCGCUCUAUUCCCCUCGUCGUCUUCGCUCUGAGCCUGUGCGUAAUGGUAGAGAAGAAAAAGAAAAUGAACUCUCUGGUGAAGUGGGCGCUCAUUCUUCUGGUCCUGUUUUCGGUGAUUCUUAACAUUGUCCUGAUCGGAAUCCACUCCAGCAGGACCCCCAAAUGUGCGGCAAAGCGCGUCCAUCCCUUGCAAGGAAAACAUGACGAACGCAGCACCAUAUUCGCGGACCUGACCCGGGACGAGUAUCUGCAGGUCCAACAGUACAUGCUGAAGCAGAAAGACUUGGAUAUAUCCACCAAGCAGACCACCGAGCCGUCGCAGAAUUUCUUAUUCUUAAUAGACCUGUCUCUGCCGAAGAAAGCGGAGGCUCUGGCUUAUCUGGAAGGAAAAGGAUCCAAGCCAAAGAGAGAAGCGACCGUGGUUGUGUUUUACGGCGCCCGGGGCUACAUCAAGGAAUACGUGGUGGGACCUCUGCCUAAUCCAACGACCCACACAGAUGUCACCGUGAAAAGGUACAAGAAGGAGCUGCCUAUCAACGCGCGCACCGUCACCAUUGGGGAGUACGUCUUACUCUUCAAGUUCCUCACAGAUGAGGUGUUCUCUAAGCUACCCACGCUGCUGAAGGAAAGCUUCGAUGUGGAUGAGAACAAAAACAUAAAUGCGUUCGAGCAGAUGCCCCGCGGAGUCCGGACCGGGGAGAGAAGAACCUGGAUCUCCUUCUUCAGGGACAUGAGUGGCAUGUACAUCCACCCUGUGGGCUUCGAGGUGCAGGUGAACCACGAGAGCGUCAACGUGUCUGACUGGAGAGUGGAGCGGCUGUUUUAUAACGGACAGUAUUUCGACACCGUGGAAGAAUUGAAGGAGAAGUACAAACUGGGAUUUGUGAAGAAGAUUGUUUACCAAGAGUCUCCUGAUUACGGCUCCUUGAAACCGAAGCACAAGCCUCUGCAGAUCGGUCCGCAGCUGUUUUACGCAGAGGGAAAGCGCUACAGUGUGCGCAAAAACCACGUUCUGUACAUGGACUGGAGCUUCGCCUUCGGACUCAGCGCUCAAACAGGCAUGAGGGUGUUUGAUGUUCGACACAAGAACCAGAGGAUCCUGUACGAGCUGAGCGUGCAGGAGGCCAUGUCCGUGUACGGCUCUGCGACCCCGGGGAUGAUGAUGACCAAGUUUCUGGACUCGAGCAUCGGGAUCGGACGCUUCGCGCACGAACUGGUCCGCGGUGUGGAUUGCCCCCACGAGGCUACGUACGUGGACACACACCGUUACAUAGACGUGGCAGGACCGGUCAAGUUUCGGAAUUCAAUCUGCAUCUUUGAGCAUAACAUGGGCCAGCCGCUGCGGAGGCACUUCGCCGACUUUUUCCACAACAGUUACGGGGGGAUGGUGAACAGCGCACUGGUGUUCAGGACCAUCACGGCCAUAGGGAACUACGAUUACAUGUGGGAUUUCAUCUUCUACCAGAGCGGCUCCGUGGAAGCCAAAGUUCACGCCACCGGCUACAUCUCCUCCUCUUACCUGGUGGACGGCAGUCUGAAAUACGGCCAUCAGGUGGCACAAAACGUCCUGGGCAACAUUCACACACACUUCAUCAAUUUCAAAGUGGACCUGGAUGUGUUGGGUGUGAAAAACAUAUUCCAGACCAAAGACAUGGAGUACGUCAACGUAUCCCUUCCAUGGAUGCCGGACCACUACGCCACGGUCCCUCACCUGGUAGAGAAACAACUCAAAACUGAACAGGAGGCAGCUCUGCGCUAUGACACAAAGACUCCUCGUUACCUCCACAUCGCCAGUAACGAGACCAACCAUUGGGGUCACCAGCGCUCCUACAGGCUGCAGGUGUUCAGCUUCACCGGGGACCACCUCCCAGAGACCCAGGCUGAGGAGUGCUCCAUGUCUUGGGCCAGAUAUAAAGUCGCCGUUACGAAGCAAAAGGACCUGGAGCAAACCAGCAGCAGUUUGUACAGUCAAAACAACAUGUGGACUCCAGCUGUCGACUUCAGCAACUUCAUAGAAGACAAUGAAAACAUUGAACAUGAGGACCUGGUUGCCUGGGUAACCACCGGUUUCCUCCACAUCCCUCAUGCUGAGGACAUCCCCAACACUGUAACCGUGGGGAAUGGAGGGGGGGUUCUGCUGCGGCCCCAUAACUACUUUGACGAGGACCCAUCCAUCCACUCUGCUGAUGGGGUGUACUUUGCUCCAGGCAGUGAGGAUAGCUGUGAAUACAACAGGAUGGCCUGUCUGGCUAAAGAGACCUGUAGCCCAGUGCUAGAACCCUUCACCUACAACGGCUUUGAUGGUGUCAUGAAAUUUGAGGAGUGAUUUAUUAUAUGCGACAUAACUGCUUCAGAGCCCUGAAGAUGCCCUUGGACAUUUAUGUCAUUCUCACAAGAAAGUGUUUUUUGAGGUAGCAAAUAGUUGUUCCACAUGUUUUAAAACAGCACUAAAUAUUGGAAUCCUGCUGAUUUACUUUCUGAAAGCAAGAAGACAACAUAAUCUUCACUCAAUUUUCACAAAUUCAAUAUGCUUCUACUUAGACCAUUCAGUUGGUUACCACCAGGUCCGUUGCACAUAAGUUCAGUCAAUGACAAAGUGUUUCCAAAAAUGUGUGUAAAAUUACACCAACUGCUUGUUUCCAUUUCCAGUAUUUUCAGUCAUUUGUCAAGUUUUUAUACCUACCAUGAUCACAGUUUAUUUGCUUCUUUUUGGUAAACCACUGUGAAUGAGUCCUCUUACCAGUGUUGGGCAAAUUACUUAAAAAAAAAAAAAAAAAAGUAAUUAAUUAUACUUACUAGCUACUUUCCCAAAAAAGUAAUUGAAUUAG